AUGAUAGCGUGGAAAGAGGCUCCCGGAGACACUCGAACUUCGUCGCAGGAGCUGUGCAUGGGUCUUCAAGAGGCUCACGAGCAUAACGUGACCAUGCAUUGUCAAAGCGAUUUGUUGCUCCUGAGCAGAAUCACCGUUGGUCCCGAGCAGGGGGAGCCUCCUCACCAUCCCCUACAGAAUAUCCUCAAUCGAGUGACCGUGUUGCGCUUUCGACAAGGAUAA